UCUUAACAAAUGAUCAAUACAACAACAAAAAGAGAGGAAAGCUUUUUGACUACAAAAGUAUCUGAUAGAGUCAUAACAGUUGAAAAUGAACAAAGAUCUACAUACAACUUUGUAAGAAGAAAUUAUUUGACGACUACAUUUGCCACAUUAGCAAAUAGACAAACAAAUGGGGUUUAUAAUAUUGCAUUUAAUUCUUCAUGUUGUUAACCUUGUCCAUAGCCAUGUCCUUAACCUUAAGCAAUGCCAAUGCCUAUUUAUAUUCCAAUGCCAUAUCCAUAAUAAUGUGAAAAAGAAUGUCAUUGUGAAGAAGAAGAAUAAUAUAAAGAAGAAGUUCUUAUUUUGAGACAAAGAGUUGCUGAAUUAUUAAGCAGAUAACCAUAAGUAAAAGUAGAAAAAGAAACUGUCAAAGUUGAAAACACAACUUAAGUAUUUUUGCAAUUUAAAAUUCUAGAUAGCAGAUUUGCAAAUGUAGAUUGAAAGAUUAAAAAUUAAUAUUAGAAAUGAAUCAGAUAGAUUAAGAUAAAAAGAGGGUGAAUAUAUAGAAUUAAGAAGUGAUAAUUCAUCUUAAUCUUUGAAAGAUAGAUUGGCAAUCUUAGAAGUAUUUUAUAUUGUUAAAAAUAGACUUAAUUAUACAAUUCAAAAUUAGAAUUGGAAAGGUUAUAAGGGCUUCUUAAACAAAAAUUAUAAGAAUUAGAUGAAUGGGAAUAAAGAUAUCAUCAUAUGGAGAGCACUGUUACUGUAGAGAGUUCAGAAACUAUGACAUUAACUAGUGUAAUCUUUUUAUUUCUAUGAAGGAAGUUGAAGUUUGGAAGUCUAAAUUUAAGAAAUUAAAUAAUGAAUUUUUUGAAACCCAAGAAAAAUUAACUAUGGCAUAAGCUGAAUUAGAAGCUCUUAAAAAAGGAGGAGUAACUGAAGUUAAAUAAGUGACUGUUCAAUAGAAUGUCACAAGUUCAUCGGUUAGUAGAGUUAUUGAAUAAUCUUCGAGAGGAAGUAGAGUUAUUGAAUAAUCUUCGAGAGGAUCUAGAGUUGUAGGGGAUUCUAAUCUAAGUGGAAAGUUAUAUCCUUGAAAAUAUUUGAACCAAAA